GGUUCUUGAGCAGAUGAAGCAGGGAAGGAGAGAAAGCACAUUCUGGUGAGAUAAGUUUUCGGUGUUUUUACGCGCGGCGGAGAGAUGUUGCCGGCGCGCCCGGAGCGGAGCGCUCUGCCACGGCUCUUCCUUUCCCUCCUGCUGGCCUUCUCCGUGUCCUCCUCCUCCGCAGCCUGGGACCUGGUUCUCCUCCACACCAACGACGUGCACGCCCGGGUGGAGGAGACCAGCAAACACUCGGGGAAAUGCGGAGGCAGCAGCAGCGGGUGUUUCGCCGGAGUGGCCCGCAGAGCCACGGAGGUCAAGAGGAUCCGCAGCUCCGAGAGCAACGUGCUGCUGCUGGACGCCGGAGACCAGUUCCAGGGGACAGUUUGGUUUAAUUAUUACAAAGGAGCCGCUGCGCACUUCAUGAACAAACUACAGUACGAUGCCAUGGUUUUUGGAAAUCACGAGUUUGACAACGGAGUGGAAGGACUCAUGAAACCGUUCAUGGAGAAUAUCAAGUGUCCCGUUCUCAGCGCUAACAUCAAACCUGACAAGACUCUGGCCUCGACGUUUGGAACCUCAUACUUGCCUUAUAAGAUCCUCAACGUGGGCGGGGAGAAGGUGGGCGUGGUGGGAUACACGUCACAGGAAACUUCAGCUCUGUCUAAACCUGGACCUCACCUGAAGUUCGAGGAUGAGGUUCCCGCCCUUCAGCUGCAGGUGGACAAACUGCAGACUCUGGGAGUGAAUAAGAUCAUCGCUCUGGGUCACUCAGGAUUCACCAUGGAUCAGGAGAUCGCCAAGAAGGUCAGAGGGGUGGACGUCGUCAUCGGUGGACACACCAACACCUUCCUCUACACAGGAACGCCUCCGUCUUCUGAAGUCCCCGCUGGUCUCUAUCCCUUCAUGGUGAAAUCAGACGACGGGCGGCAGGUUCCUGUCGUGCAGGCCUACGCCUUCGGGAAAUAUCUGGGUUAUCUUAAAGUGACCUUUGAUGGUGCUGGAAAUGUAGUGAAGUCCACGGGAAACCCCAUCCUGCUGGACGGCAGCAUCGCUCAAGAUCCGGAGUUUCUUGCGGACGUUGAGGAAUGGAAAAAGAAUCUGGCCAACUACUCGGCCCAGGAGGUGGGAAAGACUCUGGUCUUCCUGAACGGGACCACCGAAGAGUGCCGCUUUCGGGAAUGCAACCUGGGAAACUUGAUCUGUGAUGCCAUGCUCGACAACAACAUCCGAUUCUCAGACGGCGUCCUGUGGAACCAUGUCAGCGCCUGCCUGUUAAACGGAGGAGGCGUCCGCACGUCGAUUGACGAACGCGCGGGAAACGGUUCAAUCACCUUGGAGGACCUGAUCGCCGUCUUACCUUUCGGGGGAACCUACGACCUGGUGCAGCUGAAGGGCGCCACGCUGAGGAAAGCCUUCGAACACUCAGUGAGGCGAUACGGCCAGAGCACCGGAGAGUUCCUCCAAGUAUCAGGAUUCCGUGUAGAGUUCGACCUUUCCAAACCUCCGGGGUCUCGUGUGAAGAGCCUCACCAUCCUCUGCACUAAAUGUCGUGUUCCUCAAUACGAGCGCGUCGAGGACGAGACGGUGUACAAAGUCGUCCUGCCGUCCUACAUGGUGACGGGCGGAGACGGAUUCUCCAUGAUCAAAGACGAGAUCCUCAAACACGACAGCGGGGAUUUAGACCUUUCAGUCGUGUCGCACUACGUCGAGCUGAGAAAGAAAGUUUAUCCGUCUGUGGAAGGACGCAUCAAGAUCUACAACUCAGCUUCUGGACUGCGAGGACAAACCGCCCCGCUGGUUUUACUGGUUUCACUGGGACUGCUCUGGACUCUGUUUUGUACUCUGUGAGACCUCACUGAAGUACUUAAACCUUUACCUGUGAACUGUCAUUAUUCUUUAACCUUUGACCUUUCUCAGCCCGAGCGGUGACCUGAAGCCUGCAGUUCCUCGAGUGUCCACUUGAGGCUCACUGUAAAGCCAAGGACUCACUAAAGGGCUCAACGGUGUGAAACAGGAAGUAAAAAUCCCCGUUAAUUUUCUCCAUAGUGGAUUUGAUUAUUCGCCAUGAUGUCAUAACCAUCUCAGGUAGACUGACCACGAGCUACCUGGUUUAUGUUCCUGUAGAAGACUUCGCCUUUAAUAAAAACAAGAUUUAUUCACAAUAUCGAGCAAAAGAACUACACAACCCACAAUCACUCAGCGACGUCUCUGAUUGGUGGAGCUCGCUGUUACCAUGGCAAUGUUUCCCUUCACUCUGCGCUGUAUGCAAACAGAUAGCUUUGUUAGCAGGCUAGCUAGUUAGUAAGCUAACAGUAAAUGUGUAGUUUAUAUAUUCAACAACACAAACUACAACACUUGUAUUCACAGUAAAACACGAUAACGACUAAAGUUACAUUUAAGAAGAGGGAUCAUUGGCAAUGCAUUGUGGGAUGUGUAGUUCUCUGACUCCAGUUAAAAACUUUGCCUUUUUAUUCUGUUUUUUUAUGGUCACAAGUACUAGGUGAGCUGGUUGUCAUGGUUACAGGCUUCAAUCUCUCGAUAUAAGGGUUUUUGUGAAAUGUCAAUGGAGGAUUUGAAACGGAUAAAUUUACUUCCAGAACCAGAGCCGCGGCAGCUUCUGAGCUUUAUUGUGUCUGAUAUUAGGAUGUUCACUUUGACAGCGGAAAUAAACGUGUUCACUGUUUUUAUAAAUA